AUGUCGACCAAGGACGAGAAGCUCCUCAGAGCAUCUCCAGUCGCGUCCCCCAAAGUGUCCCCCAAAGAGUGCCGGAUCGAGCGUCUGGGGGACGUGUUUUAUGCUCUCAAGGAGGCCAAGAAACUGCCGUGGGAUGAGCGGCUGCAGCACAAGAACUGGAAGGUGCGCACCGACGCCAACAUCGACCUCGCCGCGCUCUGCGACUCCAUCACCGACCCCAAGGACGCACGCCUCCGCGAGUUUGGAGUUCCAGCAAGGGCCUCUGUUACUAUGAUUUCUUCCCAAGACUCAUUACAAUCUCAGGCAUUAUUUAACAUUAAUAUGGACUCAAACAAGGAAGAUCGGGAGAGACGUGUUUUGGUACGUAAGUUCAAGUUUGAAGAACCGCGGCCUGAGCAGAUUGAUGAACUGAAGGCACUUCCUUCAAGUGGGAAAGAUGUGGUUCUUGACUUUCUACCGGAGCUAUUUGAUGGUCUGAAAGAUCAACCUUACAUGUUAACGGAAGCAGAAGCUGCAAUCUUCUUGCUUUGCCUUAUAGAGAAGUCUGGUCACAACAUUGAGGAAGUCAGGGAGAAAAUGGGGGAGCUGAUAAAGCAAAUGAUGAAUAUCUACUCUCUUCCAAAACUACUUCCCUACAUUUUGGAGGGACUGCGCUCCAAGAAUAACCGAACUAGGAUAGAGUGUGUUGAUAUUAUUGGAUAUUUCAUGGAUAAUAACGGGACUGAGGUUGGUGGUUUGUUGAAAAAUUUGCCAUCUGUUGCUGCAUUAACAGCAGAGCGUGAUGGAGAAAUCAGGAAAGCCGCUCUUAAUACGCUUGCCACUGCUUACAAGAACCUUGGGGACGAUGUUUGGCGAUUUGUUGGAAAACUUUCAGAUGCUCAAAGAAGUAUGCUCGAUGAUAGAUUUAAAUGGAAGGCUCGGGAAAUGGACAAGAGGAGAGAAGGAAGGCCUGGUGAUGCUCGAGCAGCUUUGAGAUCGUUCAGUUAG